AUGAGUCAUAUCCACGUGUCGUGCCGCGUGCGUCCGCAGAACAGCGUAGAGCGGAAGAAUGGAGGGCAGGAAUGUGUCAAAAUCUCCGAUGGCAAAGCGAUGGAAAUCAGCACCGACGAAGCGUUUGCAAACGAGUACCUCAAAUGCACAUUCGAUCAGGUGUUUGGCACGAAUGCCACUCAGCAAGAAGUGUACGAAUCGACAGCCAAGUCGCUUGUCUUAGACCUCCUGGAAGGGUACAAUUGCACUGUAUUUGCGUAUGGGCAAACGGGAUCUGGGAAAACACACACAAUUUAUGGCCCGAAAGAUGGAGUUGCCACAAAACCCGAUGAUGAAGGGUUGAUCCGUCGACUUGUUCAUGACCUUUACGACCAUAUCCACCUGCGACAAUCGGAACAAGUGAUUUUUGAAAUCACAUGCUCUUUCUUCGAGAUUUACAUGGAACAAGUCAACGACCUGCUCUAUCCAGCCAGCAAAAACCUUCGCGUGCGUGAAAAUACUGACAAAGGCAUCUACGUUGACGAUUUGCACGUGGCACGUGCAUCUACAAAGGAAGCGAUGCUCAAGUUGGUCGAACGAGGCAACACAAACCGAGUGGUCGCAUGCACUCGAAUGAACAACGACUCGAGCCGUAGCCACACAGUUCUCAUGAUGAACAUGGUACAACGUGACCUGGCAACUGCCUCGGAAAAGCGCGCUACAAUGUAUGUGGUCGACUUGGCCGGAUCGGAAAUGGUCGUGAAGACACUGGCAACGGGAAAAACGUUGAACGAAGCAAAAGCGAUCAACAAGUCCUUGUCUGCCCUAAGCAACGUCAUCAAAGCUCUUGCCGACGGAAAGAAGCACAUUCCAUUUCGAGAUUCCAAGCUGACGCGGAUUCUCCAAGACUCUCUUGGUGGCCGCGCCAAAACGUGCCUGAUUGUAACCGCCUCAUCCAGUUCCUACAACGUGACUGAAACUAUAUCCACCGUGCGGUUUGGCAUGCGUGCCAAAGAGAUUAAAAACGACCCGACCCAACAUGAGGUCAAAAACCCAUGCAUGUGUGAAUAUCAACAACUGUAUCAAAAUUUGGUCAUGAAACACACUGAAAUGCAAAAGCAAAUGCAAGCAUUAAUACAGACAGCACAAACAGACGAGGCUGGAACUCCACGACCCUCAGACCCUGUAGCGUGGCCAUCACCAGGAGAGAACAAGUACGCAACUGCGGGUUUAAAUCCACUCUCGCCACGUGUUGUUGCGUCCUCCCGAGACAGCGAAACACAAACGUCAUCGUCGCCGCAGCUGGUGCCGCCUCCACCUCCUCCAUCUUCAGGUCCGCCAUCAACCCUUGCAAGAACCUUGACUUCACUACUAUUCGCGGACCAAACCGUCAAGCAAGGGCCACCAUCACUUGGUCAUGCUGAGCUCUUGUCGCAACUGCGCCAAGCCCAAGAAAACUUACAUAUGUGCCAGUUUGAAAACGAAGCAAUGCGGGAAAUGAACCAAAUUCUAAGCGCCCAAAAUGCCGCGUUCAACACCCGAAUAACUGAACUCGAAAGUUCGCUCGGCAUGCAUGAAAGUGCACUGGACGCCCUUAAAGAAAUCAACCGUACGAUCAGUGCUCAGAACACCGUCUUGAACGAACGCAACCAAGAGUUGGAGAUGUUGGUCGAGAACAGCACUUCACCAAAGUUGCCGCCGUCAUCGCCAUCGUCGACGGCUUCAUUGUCUCUGUCCCCCGAAGGAUAUAGGCAUGCGUCUUUCGGCAAUACUCCACCGGAUAUUGGUGACGAGACUACCUCCACAACGACAGACCCCGCCACGCUUGUCGAAAUUUUGACUAAAAAGGUCGUCGAAAUGAAGAUGCAUGUGCAUUACGUCACCGAAUACACCAAGUCAAUUUUGGAGCACGAGCCGUACCAAAUGGUGCGCCAACUGACACAACUCAGGCUCGAGAAUGAAAGACUACGGCUGGAAGAACAUCACCAUGCUAACACCAUCAAAGAGCUCCAAACCAAGUGCCAGGCAAUGAGCGAAGCCGUGUCCAAGACAGACGACAACACGUCGAACUUGCAACGAACAAUUGCAGAGUACCAAGCAUUGUACAAAGAGCAAGUCCGACUAAGUCAGGAACGGCAACAGAACCUACUGAAAGAAGUUGAAUACUACAAAAUGAUCUGGCAGCGCGUGCCACCACCAUCUACCAAGCGUGACAACAACACCAAGCCUACCAUCAUCACCAACCUCCCUUCACACAUCGCAACCUCCGACACCACUCGGGACAGCCAUGGAUCGACCGCGCACUCUCUUUUCAAAGCGGCGUCGUUUUCUGGUGCCGUGCCCACAGAACCACUCAGUUUGAUGUCUCUCAAGCGAAGUGCCACGCGUAACCGCACCAUCGUAAAGCCCCAGUCGCCGAAAAUGGGAUGGCAAAUGCCCCAGAGUCCUCCACAUACCAAGGCUACAGUUGACGAGGACGACGACGAGGAAGUCCACACCAUCCCCGAAGAAAACGACCCACUGAGCACGGUGUUCGACCAAGACGCGCUUGGUUAG